AUUGUUCUUUCUAAUAACUUUUUUUUCCGAAUUUGAUAUGAUUGUUCAGUAGUGCAAUUAAUACAUAUAGACUAUUUACGCUACUUGAAAUAUAACCAUGACAUUGUAUAUAGAUACGCGACUGUCAUUUUCUGAUGCCAAUGUAAUAUCUACAGUAGGCUCCUGGCAUCCAUCACUACCACUUCUUGCAAUAGGUUCAUACAACCAAGAAAAAGGCGGAUUUGUUACAAUCUUUCAAGAAAAUGGACUUGCAUUGGAAGGCUGUGAAUGGCCUACAUUAUUAUCAAACCAAGUUACAGCUUUAGCUUGGCACCCUUCAAGACGAUUAUUGGUUGUUGGAUGGGAUGGAGGUGAACUUUAUAUCUGGUUGGAAUAUUCCUGGGCUCGUCUAGAAGCUCCACAUAAUGCUGCUCUUACAACUGUAGCAUUCAGUAUUGGAGGAGGUCGAUUGCUUGCUUCAGACGCAGCUGGAUCUUUAUCAGGGUGGCAGUCGGCUUCUGGUGCACCAUUGACAUCCUUUCACCAUCAACUUGGUGAUGUUAUAACUCAUGUGUCUUAUUGUACUCCUCGCCCGAACAGCGAUUCUUCAAUAAGAGGUCUUGCCCGAGCUGCUGUUGCUGGAGAUGAAAAUGCCCUGGAUACUUUAGCAGCAUGGCGACCUCGCACUACAGCUAGAAUGAGAGAAGGUGCUCAACCUGAUAAUCAUGCAUGCUACGCUGCACAAGAUAAUGGUGUCAUAUUGUACAUUGAUCAGGCUGGAGCAUGUUCAGAAGUUCUCAAUGCUCCUGGGAAUAUUAUAUUCAUGGGUGUCAUCAAUAGUAUAUAUCUUCUUGUUGCUUGGGAAUCAGGAGGAGCUUUGAGCCUUACAAGGUUUAUCACUGCUGAAGAUGGCUUGUUAACUACAGACACCCAUGUCAGGAUGGCAGCUAGAAAUGGCCAGUGUAUAGUACUUGCUGGGAAUUUUAAUGUAGCUGUUAUUACUGGUGAAAACCUUAUCAGAGUUUGGGAUAGUGAGACUGGGGAUAAUGAUGCUUUACCUAAUGAAAAAGAGGAAAUAGCUGCAGGGGGCAUCUUUACUAGUAUUUGUUACUGCAAUUUAAGUGAUACUCUUUGCUGUGGCACUUCACAGGGCAAUCUCUACUUGUGGAGGAGAGAUCACAGAAAUCAAUGGAAACUGAUAAGUAGCACUUCUAUUAAAGGUACAGUAAAAGAAGUUACCUGGGGUUCAGAAGGCCUAAUGAAUCCACUCUUACAUGUCAAUUGUAUAACCAGUGCAUUCAUUUUGAGAGAACAGCCUGUCUGCUGGGGCUAUUCAGCAAAUGUUUGGAUGGUGCAGAAGUCCGCCAAUGAGAUAGCUAUUUGCAAUAAAGAUAAUAUACCAUCGAGCAUAACUACUACAAUCACAGUGCGUGCUUUUGCAUUCAAAGAUCAGUAUGUAGCAUUGGGGGAUGGGAAAGUUGUUCAGAUUUGGAUGUGUAGUAAGGAAAGUGACACAAAAUUUUCCCUCAUUAGAAGUUUUCCUUGGAAAACUGAUGUCCUGAUUAUCUACAACGAUGUUCUCGUAGGCGUUGUUAAUCCUCAUAUAGAAUGUUACACCAUCACAGGAAACAGUUUGGGAAUACUUCCAAGUUCUGAAGGCGAAGGAGAACCUAUUGGCAUCACAAACACAAAUAAGUUUAUUGUUAUUGCCACUAUGGAUGGUACACUUAAGUUAGCAGAAAUUACUAAAAAGGGUCUUAGAAUGCCAUAUCCUCCGAAAAAUUGUUAUCAAAUGAUUGAAGAUUUUGGAGAAGUGAUGCGGGCGUCAGUAAAUUCAUCAGGCAGAUAUAUUUGCUUGAGCAUAGCGAAUGCGGGCCUGGCGCCAGAUCCCAGGCUCUACCUUUGGGAUGUUGCUAAUGAUGUCAUCACAAAUACAUUGAUGUCAGAUAAUUCAAGCCCUCCAUAUCAAAGUGUCCCAAUCGCAAUAUUAUGGGAUAAUAAUGAUCCAAGAGUAGUAGCUGUACACAUGAGAUCAGCUGAUUUAGAUAAGGUUCACUUAUUUUUCUGCCAUGAAGGUAGCCUGUAUGAAUACAAAAAUUGGUGUGUAUCAUCUGAAGAAUAUUUUAUGGCAGAUUUUAUGUUAUGCAAUGUACACGCACCACACGUCGUUAUUUUAUCGCAACAAAAUCUAAAGAAAAUACCAAUGCGUGAAUUUGAAGGCCGAAGCGAAUCUGAUACAGCAAAUAUCCGUCAAGUGUUAGAUUUCCUUUAUUAUAUGACAACGGGUCAUUUGGAGAAAGCUGUUGUUGUUGGAACUAAUAUUUCAGGAGGUAAGGGAACAAUAAUUUGGGAUAGUUUAGCUAAAGAAUGCGUAUCCCGUAAGCGACCAGAUGUAGGGGCGGUGUGUUUGAGUAAAAUGGGCGACAUCAAAGGCGCUUUGAUGAUGCGUAAAGCAAUGAGCGAUGAUAAUUUAGAUGAUACAUGUAAAAUCGCCAUUCUCGCUGUAAAUCUUGGUAUGACGGAAGAAGCAGAAAAUUUAUUCAGGGAGGCAGGGCGACCAGAUCUCGUCACUAGACUAAUAUCUGCGAAAGAAGGCGGUCUGAUUGAAAUAACCAAUGGAACUCAUGAAGGAGAAAAUAUACUUUUAAUAAAAAGUGCUCAGCAUAAAUUGGCAAAAGUUCUAUGGGCUAAUGGAGAAACUGGACCAGCUUUAAAAUUAUUCGAGAGUGCGGGGACUUUGGUACCACAUGUGCCAAGAAUGUUAAUUGCUCAAGGCCAGGCUUCAGUAUUGGCCCAAUAUGUAGCGAAUUCUAACGAUGUCUCCCUUAUAACAUGGUGGGGUCAUUACCUCGAAAGUGUGGGGGAUAUGGAUGGUGCUUUGGAAUCGUAUGUUCGCGCCAAUGACUAUGGCGAGCAGACUAGGCUUCUUUGUCACAUGGAUCGUAUAGAGGAAGCCGAGAAAUUGUGUCAUAAGAAUCCAGCAUCCUUAUAUCAAAUGGCUCGUUAUUUGGAAAUGCAACCAGACAAAACUGAAAGUGCUGUAAAGAUGUACAUAAAAUGUGGCGCGAUAUCGUCCGCCAUUCGCGUAGCGGCGGAGGCGAGCGCGUGGAAUCUCGUGUGGCGCGCCGGUUCAUCGUCGCCUGCGCACGCGCUGCACGCCGCUUCCAUAUUGGAAAACGCGGGGCAGGCUGAACGAGCUAUAGCCGCGUAUCAGAAAGCAGGUAAACCCCACAUGGCUCUGAAGUUAGCCCUAAGUAGCGGCGAUACUAACGCGAUGGUGGCGGCGGUGGAGUCGCUGGGGGAGCGAGUGGAGCCCGAGGUGGCGCACACGCUCGCCGCGCACCUCCGCAACGCCGACCGACACUCGCACGCCGCCGCGCUGCUCGCCACCGCCGGACAGUACGAAGAAGCGUUAGACAUAGUCGAACAGUCUUCAGCGCCGUUGACAGAGGAUCUGAGCGAGCGUUUGGCGGCUCCAGCCGGCACGAGCGGCAGAGACGCGCUGCUGCGGCGGCUAGCUGACGUGCUCGGCGCGCGCGGGCUCUACCAUCAGGCUGCUAAGCGACUGGCCACUGCUGGGGAUAAGGCAGGCGCAAUGCGUUGGCUGAUGCGCUCUGGCGACGCGGACCGCAUUGCGACGUUCGCGGCAGCAACACGCGACCGCGCGGCACAACUGCUGGCUGCAGACUACCUGAGACGCCACGCUGAUUGGCGGACACGGCCCGACCUCGUGCGGCAUAUCGUACACUUCUAUACGAGGGCGAAAGUGUACACAAAACUGGCGGCUUUCUACGCCGACUGCGCCAAGAUGGAGGCUGAUGAGUUUGAAAACUAUGAAAAGGCUCUUGAGGCGCUAAAAGAAGCUGCGAAAUGCCUAUCAAAGUCUUCGGACCCUGAAUCAGGUGCUCAAACUGUGGCGCUACAAGAACAAAGUACACUAGUCAAACGUUACUUAGACGUUCGGAAGACAUUAGAAGCUGGUGAAAUAAAUACCGGAGUAACAGGUGGCCAGCAAUUGCUUCGCGCCGUCGUGGGCCGCUCUGGUCUGAUAACUGAAGAAAAAGUACUGAAGUUGCUUAUACAAUACGCGCUGAACCACCCAGAAGCACCAAAUUUCGAACAGCAGCUUCGAGCAUUACAAAAACAGCCAGAAGAAGAACGCCGAUCUACUGAUUCUCCUGAUCAAAGCAUAGAAGAAAUAAUUUAAUUUUUGCUAAGAUUACCUUAGUUAUAUAGUUAAUAAGUAGAGAUGUAUUUAGCGAAUGUAAUUUUAUUAACAAAGUACCUUCUAAGUAGGAACGAGAGUGGUACUAGAGAUUCUGAAUUUGUGAUUUGUAACUUAUUCCGUCCUUUAAUAAAUGA